AUGAGCUCUACUCAUAUUUACUGGAUUUUCCACUUGCUGAUGCUCAUAAUUAUAUUCUGUGAUCUUGAAAUGCAUGCAGAAUCAUCCAAGAAACUUCUGCAUUCAACUUGUGGUGAUAACUGCCAGUUAACAAGAGUUAAUAUGACAACACAGCAGGCACAUUCAAGUCAUAGAAAGCUUUUGGUACAUGGUAAUUGCACAAACAGAGACAUAAGCAUAUCACAAAGCAAGGAUUCCACGUCUGGGAUCCCACAAUUCAUAGUGCAGAUUAUCAACACCUGUGUUUCUGGUUGUCCUCCUUCAGACAUCCAUCUCCACUGUGGUUGGUUUGCCUCUGCAAGAAUAGUAAACCCAACAACCUUCAAAAGGGUCUCCUAUGAUGAUUGCUUGGUUAAUGGAGGGAAAGCUUUGAUGACCAGCCAAGCUAUAAGAUUCACUUACUCCAACUCCUUCAUGUACCCUCUUGCAUUUAAGUCUGCUAAGUUUUGUUCAGCUCUACCGUGAAGAAAUUCUCUACAAAGAAGUUAUGUAGAAUUGUAGACUGAGAUACCAACUAGACCCGGAGCCAUAUCCAGGAAAAGCUAGGACGAAGAAAAGCACGGGCUCAUUUUUUCUACAGUUUAAUAUUAGCCCAUUGAACAUACAGUUCUCUAUCAAGAGUUCCUACUUUACUUUAAACUUUUGUAGCUGUGGACAAUGUACUGAGUAAUGUUUCAUCAUCCCCAAAAAGUUGUGAAUUUCAUUGUUCUGGAAUCAAAAUACUUCGAGUCAAAAGCUACGGUUUCUCUCUGGUUGCAGGGGGCAAAGAAAGUGUCUAGAACUCAGUGCUUCUUUUUGCAUUCUUUCACUAGGAGACGAAGUUUUGGAUUUAUUGUUCACUUUUUCAUAUCUAGACUAGAGCUGCAGUUGUCGGGUCUCCUUUUGAAGAUCGAUGGGAACCAUACACAGAGAGUUAGUGAAAGUUUCAACUG